AUGGCAGGAGAAGGAAGUAGCUUCGUGCAACCAGCAAUUCCACGCUUCGAUGGUCAUUAUGAUCACUGGAGCAUGUUGAUGGAAAACUUCUUGAGGUCCAAAGAAUAUUGGGGCCUAGUAGAGAAUGGAAUCAAGCAGUAUGCAAAGGGUGCAGAGUUGACAGAAGCUCAAUUGAAAGCCUUAGAGGAUCAGAAGCUCAAAGAUUUGAAGACCAAGAACUAUCUCUUUCAGGCCAUUGAUAGAGCUAUAUUAGAGACCAUCUUGAAGAAAGAUACAUCGAAGGAUAUAUGGGAUUCAAUGAAGAAGAAAUAUCAAGGAACGGCGAAAGUCAAGCCAGCUCAACUUCAAGCUCUUCGCAAAGAGUUUGAGAUGCUCAAUAUGAAGGUUGGAAAGUCAAUUGAUGAGAAUUUUGGAAGGACUCUAACCGUGGCUAACAAGAGGAGGAUCAAUGGAGAGACGCUGGAAGAUGUAGCUAUUAUCGAAAAGAUUCUGAGAUCAAUGACACCAAAGUUUGACUAUGUGGUGUGUUCGAUUGAAGAAUCAAAAGAUCUUGAUCAUCUCUCUAUUGAUGAACUACAAAGCAGUCUUUUGGUACAUGAACAACGGAUGAAUGGCCAUGCAAUGGAAGAACAAGCAUUGAAGGUGAGCCAAGAGAAUUACUUGAUCGGUUCAUAA